CCGUCAAUGGCCAAAUGCGGCAAGAUCCAGAGCAUCGUGCGCCUCCAGCAGAGGCUGCGGCGGUGGCGGACCCGCGCGACGGCGCGCGCCGUCUCCGUUCCGGUUCCGGCGGGGCACGUGGCGGUGUGCGUGGGCGACGCGUCGCGGCGGUUCGUGGUGCGCGCGGCGCCCCUGAACCACCCGGUGUUCCGGGAGCUGCUCAGGCAGGCGGCGGAGGAGUACGGCUUCCCGUCGUCGCCGGGGCCCGUCGCGCUCCCCUGCUGCGACGAGGACCGCUUCCUCGACGUGCUCCGCCGCGUGUCCUCCGACGAGGAGCGCCUCCUGGUCCGCGCCGGACGCUCGCUCUGCUGCCGCGUGCCGCCCGUCGCCACCUCCCGGGACGUCGCCGCGCGGCCGCUGCUGCAGGGGAUGGCCGUGGAGAAGCUUGUGUGGUGA